GUCAUUAUUCUACAGAAAAACGGUUUCUUCUGUUGUGACGUCACACAGCAUAUAAUGUCAAUACUUGUGUCUUUUUUCUUCUAUGUUACGCAUUUUGUACGUUAAUGAACAAUGGUCCUUGCAUACAAUCAUUUUGCGGGGACAGUAAAGGAAAUUGAUGGGAGCUGUCUCUCUGAUGAGCAGAAGGGUUGAUCGUACUAAUAGGUCGACGGGCACCGUAGAAAAGCGAGAGUACAUUAGUUCGGUAGAUACCGUGUUGGUAUCGGGAGGAGCAGUGUUAGUGACUGCUAGCGCCGAGGGUGGGUGUACGGCAGCUGCGACGACGACGCUAUUAACGUCGUUGGGUGCGGGUAGCGAGAUACUGCUACAAAUUCUGUGGGCCAAAAGGAAAAAGGCUGCUGCACGGAUAAAGUGGUCCUUACUUUAAGGUGGUCUUUCAGACGUAACACAGUUUUUGCCAGUAUGAGUGGUAUCACUCGAGGGAGGUUUGAGGUCUUUUCCAAUAAUGAUGAGGCUCUCAUUAACAAAAAGUUACCGAAAGAACUUCUGCUAAGAAUAUUCUCUUUCUUGGAUAUUGUCACUUUAUGCCGAUGUGCUCAGGUGUCUAAGGCAUGGAAUGUCCUUGCAUUAGAUGGAAGCAACUGGCAGAAAAUAGAUCUAUUUAACUUCCAGACAGACAUACAGGGUCAUGUCGUUGAAAACAUUUCCAAGCGAUGUGGUGGGUUCCUGAAACAAUUAAGUCUAAGGGGAUGUCUCAGUGUUGGUGAUGCUGCCAUGAAGACAUUUGCACAAAACUGUAGAAACAUUGAAAACUUAAAUCUUAAUGGAUGUACAAAGGUAACUGACAGCACGUGUAAUAGCCUUAGCAAAUUCUGUUCCAAACUGAAGCAUCUGGAUCUGACGUCUUGUGUAACAGUCUCAAACAGUGCACUGAAGAUGUUAAGUGAGGGAUGUCAUACUCUAGAAACCUUGAAUAUUUCCUGGUGUGAUCAGAUUACAAAGUAUGGCCUUGAAGCACUGGUGAGAGGAUGUGGCGCACUGUCAUCACUGUUUCUCAGGGGCUGCACACAAUUAGAUGAUGAAGCACUGAAACACAUACAAAAUCAUUGCCCCGAAUUAGUAACACUGAAUUUACAGUCAUGCAUGAAGAUCACAGAUGAAGGUUUAGUCAGCAUCUGUAAAGGCUGCCCCAAGCUCCAGAAUCUAUGCAUUUCUGGCUGCACCAACAUUACAGAUCUCUCUCUGACUGCACUAGGACUCAACUGUUCAGGACUACAGAUUCUGGAAGCUGCACGGUGUUCUCAUUUGACUGAUGCUGGUUUUACAGUAUUAGCUAGGAACUGCCACGAACUUGAAAAGAUGGACCUAGACGAAUGUGUUUUGAUUACAGAUAGCACAUUGGUUCAGCUCUCCAUUCAUUGCCCUAAACUACAGGCUCUGACUUUAUCAUAUUGUGAACUAAUCACAGAUGAUGGUAUUAGACAUCUCAGCAGCAGUUCCUGUGGCCAGGAGAGACUGCAAGUCAUUGCACUGGACAACUGUCCCCUAAUCACAGACAUCACAUUGGAACAUCUUAAAAGCUGUCACAACCUGCAGAGAAUUGAACUGUAUGACUGUCAGCAAAUCUCACGAGUAGGAAUCAAGAGGAUAAGGGCACAUCUACCGGAUGUAAAAGUCCAUGCUUACUUUGCUCCAGUGACCCCUCCUCCCUCAGUUGGUGGUGGCAGACAGCGACUUUGCAAAUGUUGCAUUAUCCUUUGACUCCAGAUUACUAUAAAGAGAAAUAGACGUGCAAUAUGAUGAAUGAAGCACAGUCAGCAAACUAGACUUGUGAAACAGUGUUACAGUGAAGCCAAAAUGCUGACUUGCUUAAUCACAUACCAGUGACACCAGAAAGAAGCAGGACAAAAGAAAAAAAUCAACAUAUGCAGUAUUGUUUCUGUUGGCAUGGGCAUUUACCAAGAUGCUGACUAAAGCCCACUAUUCAAGUACUUGUUCGUGUUGUUGUAGUCCUUUAGAAGUAACACGAAAACUCUUGAUAUCCAUUGAAAGUGUGGACUUCUGACUAGUGAUAUAUAUGUUUAUAAAACUGAAGGUCUGAUUCCAUAUUAGUAAUGAGUAGCUAUAUAUGUUCCGCACACAUACUGUACCUGGACCAUUUACACAAUUGUACUAGUGCUGUUCCCUCAGUUUGAAUUGCUUAUAUGAAUUAUGAAACUCUCUACGGCUUGGUCUGCCUGAUCCGUAUUUUGUGUAGAUCAGCACAGUGAAUGAACAUCUGUAGAGUUGUUAAUUUAGACACAUUUUCUUUGCCAGUUCCAUGAUUUCUGUCUGCUAUGAUGUGAAAAAUGGCAUGAGUGACCAAGGCAGUUUCACAUUGACUCUUGUGAGUUAUAAAUAAGUUUGAAUUUUGUACGAUAUGCAGUUUGUUUCUUUUUUUAUACUUUACAGAAUUAAUAAAAAAUAAAAAAUAUUUUGCAGACCAUACACUUUACAUUUUGAAACAGAAUAAAACAGAUUUAUUGUGAAAUGCA